AUGACAUCAGGUUUAAAUUCACCAACUGCUGGCGCUUCAACUCUGACACCUGUGGGUACUCAGUGUUUUAUGUUAUCCAAUAUGUUCGAUCCGGUUAAAGAAACAAAAUUAAACUGGAAAGAUGAAAUUCGAGAUGAAGUUAUUGAAGAAUGUAAUAAGUUUGGCGGCUGUAUACAUUUGUAUGUUGAUCAGAAAAAUCCUAAUGGAAAUGUUUAUAUUAAAACUCCAACUAUUGCAAGUGCAAUUAAUGCAGUGAAUUCAUUACAUGGAAGAUUUUUUAGUGGACGAGUUAUUAAUGCAUCCUAUAUUCCAAUUCAAAGUUAUCAUCAGUUAUUUCCAGAAGCAAUUAAUGCGCAAUUAUUAUUAAAAAAAGCAUCACAUUUAGCUAUGGCUCGAUCAAAACAAAAAGCACGAAAAUUUGUUGGACAAAAAUAUCAGAAAUCAAAAACUGCCCAAGCCGCAAAUGGACGCUCAGCAACUGAAACCGAUGCAAAUGGCAAACAAGAACAGCAAUCUUAUUCUUUUGGUAGACAAAUUCAACUGGGUAUGAAAGGAAUUUUUGUAUCAUUUUCUUGUAAAGAAAAUUAUGUUCGUAAUGAAAUUUAUAAUUUAUUGAAUGAAUUUGCUGAAAAAUUAUAUGGACCAGAAUUUUCUGACCCAACUAAAAGUGAAAAUGAAAAUGAUACAAAAGUAGAAGAUCUUGAUACAGCACUAAAUAAUGAAGCGAAAUUAUUACGUGAACAACAUUCGAAAAAACGACGUUUUCAAGCAAUUAAGUCUGGAGCUAAUCAUAGUCUAUUUAUAUCAACAACCUUGUCAAAACCAAAUGAAUUAAUUGAAAAUAUAUUUGAACAUGUACGCGAUUCAAAAAAGGUCUAUAGUAAACGAGUUGAUCGUUUACUACCAAUAAUUAAUGUAAGUAAAGCGUACGAUGAUGAUAUUAAAAAAGUAAUAUUAGAUAAAGACUUUUAUGAACAAAUAAAAACAAUAUCAUCAUCAUCGGCGAUUGAUUCAUCUUCGAUAAUUAAAUAUGAUGUUAUUGCAAAAAGAUCAAAUAAUAAUCAUAUGAAACCGUCUAAAAUCGAAGAAAUGAUAAUAAAAACAUUUAAUGAACAUUAUACCGAUAAACUGAAACGAGAUUAUAAACAACCGGAUAUCUAUAUACUACUUCAUGUUAUUAAAAGUUUUUGUUUUUAUUCGAUUGUGAAAAAUUAUAAUGAUUAUAAAAAAUAUAAUUUAUCAAAAAUGAAUUUGUCAGCAACAACAUCAUCAGAUACAAUUGAAGAAGAUCAGAAGGAUAAAGAGGAAGAAAUGGAUAAUGACGAUAACGAUGAUAAUACAGAAUUACAAAAGCCAGAUGAUAGACAAUCAACGACAAGCAAACGACUUGUUUUUGACGAUAGUGACGACGAAAGCAGAGAAGGGCAAACUAAAAAUACGGCCGAAAUUUCUUUUCGUGCCUUGAAAUUAUUUACAUUUGGAUGUUUAUUAGCUAUCGUUUUAAUGUCAUUUCAAUAUGAACAUAAAAUGAGUUUAUUUAAUGCUGGUUUAAUAUUGACACCAGCUAUAUGGAUAAUAUCAUUUUGUGGAUUUGGUGCAGUGUUUAUUGGUUUAUUAUAUCCAACUAUAUCAAAACAAACAGAACUUAUUACUGAAUUUGAAUAUGAUACAAAAAAAUCACAAAAAAUUCCAUUUAGUAGCGAUAUUCAUUUUACAAUGACAUUAGCAUUUUUAUGUACAGCAUUUUGGUGGUAUUUUGAUCGAACCAUUGUUGGUUUUGUCUUUUCACUUAUUCUAUCACUUUCAUUAUCAGCAACAACUGAAAUAUUGCUGCGAGCUGGCGCAUUCAAAUAUUCAGAUUCUGAUUUUUAUCUCAAAACAUGUGUGCCUUGUUUAACAUUUGCUGGUGUAAUAUUAACGAUACAAUUAACAAAACUGCUAUCUCAGGUUAAGACUCAUGCAUCCACAGCACGCAUGAAAUAUGAGCAUUUAAUAACACAAGAAUAG